AUGCAACUUACUGAACUCACCAAUAGCUCCUCCUCCAUCAUGAUGGUUCAACGCAGCCGAAAGAAUGGUUUUCCCUUCAUCAACCGAUUCAAAAGGGGUCCAAUGCAUGAGCAAAUUGCCACAGCGUUCCAGGCUUAUGGUGAAGUGGGUCGAGUGACUGUGCAUCAUUUGACAUCUAUAUCCUUAUUGUCUACAAUGCACGAGGACAUAUGUCACGUAGCAGAAAAGAAAGGUGUGGGAAUGAUCAUAUUGCCCUUCCACAAGAGGUGGGGUGGGGCAGAUGAAGAGGUGACACAAGACAUGGGGCAGGGUUGGAGCGAAGUCAAUCAGAGGGUGCUUCAAAAUGCACCCUGCCCUGUUGCAGUGCUAGUCAACCGUGGGGCCAGCAGAAGGUACGAACAAGAACCUGAGACCAGUGUCAUCGCAAGGAAAAGGGUGUGCAUGAUUUUCAUUGGUGGACCACAUGAUCGCAAGGUUUUGGAGUUAGGUAACAGAAUGGCAGAGCAUCCAGCAAUUACGCUGCUUUUAGUGAGAUUCACUUCAUGCACACAAUCUGGGGACGAGGGACCUAGACAGAACCACUGGGAAAUAGAAAAGGAGUUGGAUGAGGAGGCAGUGAACGGGUUCAAGGCUAAAUGGCAGGAGUCAGUGGAGUAUAUGGAAAAGAACGUAACCAACAUAACAGAAGAGGUGUUAUCAAUUGGGAAAAGUAAGGAUUGCGACCUAGUCAUUGUGGGGAAACAACAACAGCAACAACUUGAGCCAAACAUAGAGCAUGCCGAGCUGGGGCCCAUUGGAGAUCUCUUUGCCUGUUCGGGUAACAGAAUUACCAGUUCCUUGCUCGUUAUACAGGACACACGUUUCAUGAAUCCAAAUGAAAUGAAAGUAGUUUAG